AAUGAUCGAUCAUCACCACUUCAUCAAUACUUCAUCAUGAAUUUUCCCUUCAAUUCUACACACAUGGUUUGAAUUUGAAGUGAAUUGCUUCUCUAUCCACUUGCCUUUUGAUGCUAUACGACGACGCAUUGAUCCCCCAUUCAUUCUGGCCCGCUAGAUGACACAUUGGUGUUUGUUGAGGCAUGUAACUGCGGAAACCGUGCGGAGUGCUUUCUUGUUCGCUUUAUUAUAGAUUGAUAGAAGAAAAGAGGCCACUAGACACCACAGAGAUAGAUAGAUGGUGGAGAAAAAAAGAUGAAAUGGAAUCGACCCAGUGCCUGCCCGUAAGAGUUGUAGCAUGCACUACACGUUUCCUUGGUUUGUCGUCCAACAACAAGAAGAGCAAAUAAAUGUACUCUGUUUGUAAGAGCAUUUUGUUUGUAAGUUGACACCAAUCUUCGCCCCCUUCUCCCUUCUCCAUCCUCGGGGCUUUCUAAUUGUACAACGUUCUUUUUUUUUUUUGUGCUCCUUGUGUAUGCGUCUCGCUCUUCCCAAAUCAAACAGACGACUACAACUCAAGCACAAAAAAAAUGAGUGAAAUAGAGUUUGAAUUUCUUCCAUAUUUCCGAUCGUACAAAAACGGACGAGUGGAAAGAUUCUUCGGCACUGAUGUAGUCCCUGCCUCCCUUGGUUCCGAGACUGGCGUUUCCUCUGAAGAUGUUACAAUUGUGCCAGAAAAUACUACUGCUGCUGCUGUAUCCGCCCGUCUAUUUAUACCAAGCAGCAUCACAAUCACACCAGACCGAACGCCAAAGCCAAAGCCAAAGCCAAAGCUCCCUCUCUUAAUUUACUUCCACGGAGGGGCCUAUAUGUUUGGCUCACCAUUCUGCGCCACUUACCACCACUAUCUCACUUCCGUUGUGGCAAGUGCCAACGUUGUAGCAAUAUCAAUUGACUAUAGAUUGGCACCUGAACAUCCUCUGCCUGCAGCUUUUGAAGAUUCAUGGGACGCACUCAAGUGGGCUGCUUCACAUUCUGCUGGCCAUGGUCCUGAAGCGUGGCUGAACGAAUAUGCAGAUUUCCAGAGAGCUUUUGUCGCGGGAGAUAGUGCCGGAUCUACCAUUGCGCAUGCCAUGGCCGUCCGGGCAGGAGAAGAGGAAGGUCUGGGAGGGGUUAAGCUAGUAGGCCUUGGCGUGAUCCAUCCAGAUUUUGCUAGUAAAAAAGGGGGUUUGAGUCCCACCGCUGCCUGGAAUUUUGCUUGUCCUGCUACAGCCGGAUGGGAUGAUCCCAGGAUAAACCCCGCCGCGGAUUCGAGGUUGUCGAGGCUAGGCUGCGAAAGGGUUCUCAUUUGUGUUGCUGAAUUUGAUGAAAUGAAGGAGAGGGGUUGGCUUUACUAUGAUGUCCUGAAGGAGAGUGGAUGGAAAGGCAAGGUGGAGAUCCUGGAGACCCCGGGAGAGGGGCAUGCGUUCCAUCUAUUCAAUCCAACCUGUACAAACGCCGUCACCCUGCUGAAGAAAUUGGCUUCCUUCCUCCAUCAGGAGGAAUAGGCAAUAAUAGCUCGAAAAUCAAUUUCUAGUCUCUAGUAAGCAGUAUAAUCAAUAAUGCUAGUUGCAGGCAAUUCUUUUCAUGUUGAGAAGACAAUAUUUUAAAAUUAAAGUAAAAAGAAGGUUAUGAAAAAUCUGUCAUGAGCAAAUUAUGGAAAA